UAAAAAAUAAUUAUCGGACAUAUUUAUUUAUAUGAAAAAAUUACUUUCUCCAUGAAAUUUAUCCAAAAUUAGAACCCGUCGAUGAAAUCGUGGAGUUUAAUUCAAUCAUAGGGUCGCAACUAAAUAAGUAACACGAAAAGCAUUUUAACCAACUAAGGAAAAAAAAAAGGAAAAAAGAAAAGCAUUUUUGACCGCAUCUUCGCUUAGCAAUGGGAAACACUUGGCAAUGGGCAUAUUCUCUGCGUGGUCCCACUUUCAGUAAGCCUCGAAGCACACUGAUGGACCCUUUCCCUCUCCAAUUCAAUGUAGUCGACGCCGUCGCCGGCAGCUGUGGCGGUGUUUGUUUCACUCUUCAAGAUCAGUGCCGCCGACAGAGCACUCGUCAAUCUCACUUGAAGUUCCCUCGGGGUAGAAAUGCCUGUAUGCUUCCGGCUGGCUGUUGUCCGAUUCCCCAUGUCGCAAUCCUGUUCCGGUUGAAGUUUCGUCGGCUUCCAAGCGAUGAUUGACGAGUUCUUCUUUGGUUGCAUUCUCUUAGCGCUUGGGAGUACGGAGAAUGAAGAAGAAAGAAGAAGAAGAUUCAGACCUUUUGAAAUCGAGUCGACCCCUCAUGCUCGUCCUCGGUUAGUGGCGAACCGGGAUAUGAGUAUGACGUCUUCCUGAGCUUCAGGGGAGAAGAUACUCGCAAGGGAUUCACUGAUGGCCUCUACACUGCCCUUGAAGGUGCUGGGAUCCGUGUCUUCAGGGACAAUGAGAGGCUCGGCAUCGGCAAGGAAAUUAGUCCUGAACUUCUUCACGUAAUCAAGCGGUCUAGCUUCUCCAUACCCAUCUUCUCUGAAAACUAUGCAUCCAGUAAGUGGUGCCUCAAGGAGUUUGCCUUCAUGAUGGAGUGCAGGGAGGCAAGGAAGCAGAUCAUGCUUCCCAUCUUCUACGAUGUCACGCCAAACAUAGUCCAACACCAGACCGGGAGUUACGCCAGAGCCUUUCAGCAGCACGCCAAAAAGCAAGACCCUGAGACUGUUCAAAGGUGGAAGAGAGCUCUUGCAGAGGUUGGAUCUUUGAAGGGUUGGGAAUUAAAGAACGCGGCCAAUGGACAUGAAGGAAAAUUGAUUAAGAUGAUAGUCACAAAGGUUUUGAGGGAGUUGAAGAAGGCUCAUCUUUGUGUCAACAACAACUUAGUAGGGAUCGACAAUCACAUGAAAGCAGUCAUGAGAAUGCUGAGUGUCGAUGCGCCAGAUGUGAGGUUUAUUGGUAUAUGGGCAUGGGGGGCAUUGGAAAGACGGCACUUGCUGAGGUCGUCUAUAACCAGAUAUUGGAUGAUUUUGGCAGUUGCAGCUUCCUACAAGAUGUACGAGAAACAUCAGGGCUCAGCCAAAACGGUCUUUGGCAAUUGCAAAGUCAACUUGUUGCUGACCUCUUGAAGUGUGACCGCCUGGAGUUUGCUACCAUUGAUGAAGGAAUAAGCUUACUCAAGCGUAGGUUUCAUGAGAUGAAGGUCCUCAUUCUUCUCAAUGAUGUUGAUAGUGUUGAUCAACUCAAUGCACUGGCUGCAGACCUUGACUGGUUCGGCCAAGGGAGUAGAAUCAUCAUCACCACUAGAAACAAGGGCGCUUUAGAAGUCCCUCAAGAGCAUCAGGUCUAUGAAGUAAAGGAAAUGGAGAAAGAGCAGGCCCUCCAACUAUUUUACAAGCAUGCCAUAAGGAGAGAUGCUCCCGCAGUUAGACUGAGAGCUCUAUCAGAAGAAAUUGUCAAAAGAACGGGAGGUCUUCCGCUAGCUCUUGAAGUUAUUGGCUCUUUUCUGCAUGGGAAAAGUGAGUAUACGUGGAAGGCAACAUUGCAGAAGUUGAAGAUAGUGCCAAAUAACGAAGUCGAAUUCAAGUUGAGGAUUAGCUAUGAUGCAUUAGAGCACGAACAACAACAAAUGUUUUUAGAUAUUGCAUGCCUUUUCAGCUGGAAAGAUAAAAAGACAGUAGCUCACAUGUGGGAAGAUCAGUAUAAAUUUUCUCCGGAAGCUGAUAUUGAAGUCCUCCAACUACUGUCUCUUAUUAAGAUUGGAGAGGACAAUAUGCUACGGAUGCAUGAUCAGCUUCGAGAUCUUGGUAGGGGAAUCGUUCGGCAAGAAAACCCUAAAGAUCCAGGGAAGCAGAGUAGGUUGUGGGGCGACGAAGCAGUUGAUGUGCUGCUGAACAAUCAGCGGUCGAAAAAUAUAGAAGCCAUCCGACUUGAAUAUCAGAUUGGGUUGGAGUGCUACUGUUUUACGCCUAGCCAGUUUAGGAAGCUAUCAAAGUUGAGAUUUCUCCAACUAGACUGUGCUAAUCUUGCUGGCGAUUUUGAGAAUCUUCUACCAACCCUGAGAUGGCUUUGGUGGAAAAUACCUUCACUCAACUGCACAGCGACAAAUUUGAAUGCAAAGGACCUACUCAUCCUUGAUUUGUCAGAUAGCAAGGUCACACAUAAUUGGAAUGCUUGGAACUCAAUUCAGAUGAUGGCGAUGAAGCUGAAAGUUCUUGACCUCAGCUACUGUAAAGAACUUGCUCGAACUCCUGAUUUGUCUCCAUUUUGCAACCUGGAGAGGUUAAAUCUAAGAGAUUGCGAAAGACUGCAGGUGAUUGACCCUUCCAUAGAUCUCAGACUUGAUCAAUCAAAAAUUAGUGAGCUUCCAGAGUCGAUUGGAUCGUUAGUGACAUUGCAACAGCUAACGGUAGCAAGCACUCCUCUAAGAGAGCUUCCGAAGUCCAUUGGGGGUUUGAAUUCAUUGGUCAAGUUGGUUCUAUCCAAGAUAAGGGUGGCAAUAUUGCCCGAUUCCAUUGAGAAUCUGAUUAAUCUGCAAGUGCUUAAGAUUGAUCAUAGUUCAGUCCAAUCUAUACCUACUGCUCUUGGACAGUUAGAGAAACUUGAAUCCAUAGACACUUCAGGGUGUCGAUUACUAGGACAAAUUCCAAUCGAGCUUGGGAGGCUAUCCCUUUUAAAGGUCCUGCUAUUGCGUCAUACAAAUAUUAGCAGCAUUCCAGUGACAAUUGAGGGCCUUCCUUGUCUUAAGACUCUUGAUUUAGCAUGGUGCACACAGCUAAGAACUCUCACUAACUUGUGAGUCAUCGGUGCCAAUACCAAAUCUCCCUGAUUUGAUUAACCUAAAGAAGAUAGAAUUUGUCCGGUCGGUGGUUCCCAAGGAGAUUUUGGAGUUGUCGAAGUUGGAGAAGCUGCAUAUAUCUCAGUCAAAUGUUAGCAUCUUACUGGACGGAAUUGGCACGUUGGCUAUGCUUAAUAAUGUCAAUCUCCAAUGCCUUCUCGAACUUCCAUUGGGUCUGCAUAAGCUAUGUAUAUCACGUUGUCAUUCCCUUGCAAGAUCGACAGUGCUUUCAAAUUUGCAAAAGUUAUCUGAAUUAAAGCUGCACGACUGCCCUGAGCUUGUUGAAAUUGAGAGCCUCGGUGAUCUAGCGUCAUUGAGAACUUUUGUACAUUUCUUUCUGCCGAAGGAUAGCUAAACUUGAUGGCCUUGAUAAGCUGGAAUCUUUGAUACAUCUGGCUGUUUCUGCAUGUGAAAAUCUUGAGAGGCUGCCAGAUCUAUCCAAGUUGAGUGCAUUGUCCUCGAUGAAGGUAAACGUUUGUGAAAAGCUUGUUGAAAUUCAAGGCGUUAGCAGUUUGCAUGCCUUGACUCGGUUGACAGUUUGUGCGGUGUCCAUUUAAACAUUGAAUGUAUAAAACCUAAAGUCAUUGGAUUAUGUAGGUGUUCGGGGCUGCACUAGGCUAAAAGGACUUGACGGGCUUGAUAAAUUGGGAGCAUU